AUGCUUUCUGUCAGCACACCUGGACAGGCAUGUGCUAUCCGCCGGUUGUGCAACUACUGUGAGAAACUUGCUGCAAAAAUAUGUGCCGGCUGUCGCGCUGCCUUACACUGCUCCCGUGACUACCAGCAGAAGGUUUGGUAUUUCCACAAUCUCCUAUGCCGCCAAUACCCCGAGCAUAUGAACAGCAAGCGCCCAUUACAGAAUCAUGUCCGGUCAAAUUUCUUGUUUUUCAAUGGCCAGAUCAAACACAUUCAGGUUAAGCAAGCCACGAGCGAGACAUGGCCUACACACUACUCGUUUCAUUCACGCAAUCCAUGUGUCGGCGGUCCAGACCGCUGCGUAAACCAACCAUGCAGAACUGGUUAUCGACGACGAAGCAACGAUGAAGCUUCUUUGGCAAACUCCUCCCGAGUGCAUAGCGUGACUGAACAGAACGGUCCCGCCAUGCGAUCUAUCAUCGGCUGCGGUAUUCUGACCAUCUUAAUGAACGUGGUACACCACUGA